AUGCUCUCAGCAUCAAGUGAAUAUCUACGCUUAAAACAUCAUCAUGACCAUCAGCACAAGAAAGAACAUCGUCCUUCUAUUGAUGAUCAUGGUGGUAAACGUCAUCAAGCAAUGAUCGAUUUACAACAACAUUUAGGUCAACCGGGUACAACAACGCAUGAAAUCGAACAUUUAAUGGGUUCACCAACUAAAGUUCUUGAUCACCCUGAUGAAACUCUUUUAGCUGAACUUAAACGUAAUAAUGAAAAUUAUGAAUAUCCUCAUGAUGCUAAAAUCUGGAUUUAUGAAUGGCGUAGUAAUCAUGAUUAUGUUUAUUUUCUUAUAUCAAAAGACAGCAAAGUUAUUCAAUCAGCUUGGUAUUAUUCAUUUGAAUAA